GGUUUUUUUUAUUAAAGGUACUUCAUUAUAAUAUACUUUUAUAAAUGUAUUAAUAAUACAAUUAUAGUUAUUUCAUUUAAUCCGUGCUAAAAUUGCCAUGGACCUAAAAAUAUAGUUAAUAUUAUACGUCUACGACCACUGCACCACAAUAUUCUGUGACCGCACGGGCCAAGGCGCAUCUGUUAUCAAUCUUUAUCAUUUCGGUGUUCGAUGCUUAAAUUUUUACUUUCAUUUUUACAAAAGUUUUUUUGUAUAUAAUUUUACAUGUUAAAGAUUGAAGGCAAUUAUAAUGUUUUCGUCACUUCGCACGGUUUUGCGAACAUUCAAUGGUGUAAAUUCCAUAGUCGCAAGAGGUUUGAAAAGUGAUUUACGCAUAAAGUGGGUUCGACCGGAAAAAAUAGCAUGCUGGCACCCAAAAAAAACAGGCGAUUUGGUUCCUAUGGAACCCGUAGACAUGAACGAAUUUCCACUGGAAUUUCGAGAAUCUGAAGAAUUAAAAACGGCAAAUGAAUAUGUUCGUAAAGUAUUUUCAUGUGAUUUUAUGGGACGUAAAUCUGCUACACAGCUGGCUCGAAAUCGGCUUAUUGAAAAAGUUAAAUCUAAUAAAUUGGACAUAACUUCUUGUGAAGUUCAAAUUGCCAGUAUGACAGCCAAUAUUCGUAAUCUUCAAAAACAUUAUGAAAUUGCUCCAAGAGAUAAAACAUCUAGAGUAGCCAUGAAAGAAAUAAUUGAGAAGCGUAAAAAAAGAUUAAAAUACUUAAGAACAUGGGAUUACCAAAAAUUUGAAUGGUUAUUGGAAAAAUUAGAUUUAGAGUAUCGACCUCAUCCUGUAUAUGAGCGAGUAGAAAGAAAAAAGUCCCUUCGUCGUCUUACAGCUCAGUGGUGUAACAAUUUAAAAUCAGAAAAAUUAAACAAAUAUCGUAAUGAAUUAGACAAUGAAAAAGAAUCAUUCUUGAAACAUAAAAUAGAAACUCUAGAGUGGGCGAGAAAAGAAGAAAUUGAAUGUGCUACAACACCAACUAUAACCGAAUUCGAUAUUGAAGUAGCAAGAAAACAAUUGGAAGAUUGGAAUGCUUUUAAAAAUACAAAGGAAGAGAAAAAUGAUUAAAAACGUGUUUUGUAGAAUUUAAUUAUAUUAAAAAUAAAAUAAGUAAUAAAUCAUUAUGGUUUUAAUAUAUUAUU